CCUUCCUUAUACGUUUGUUGCUUGAAUUACUCCUCUUGUCUUGAUGUACAAUCCACUCGGUUUGCGACAAAUGUAUUGGCUCCGUGCGUUGAACAACGCUCAAACCAUCAGAUCGAGCAUCCAGCUCAGCAAACAGUAUUUCUACAUCGUCUGGAUCUUACUCUCCCCCAUCAACACGACAUCUUCACAGGACAUUCAAUCACGCAGUAUGGAUAAUCCAUCGCACACCGGUCGUAUCAGCGACGACGAGGGAAAGGGCGAGUCAUUCCUGACACUUCUGCCAGAAUUGCGAAACGAUAUUUACGGAAUGACGCUAGUCCGAGAGGCGCCCAUCCAGAUUACCUAUCGCAGUACGAAAGGUCGCUCCAGCCCGCGCGCCGACCUUGAUGAGAUCUUCCGCUUCCACUCCUCUGGCUCCAAACGAACCGGUACAGUUUUGACAUGGCUUCGUUGACUAUGCGGUUAAUGUGAUGUCUCAAAAUUUCGUUUCCUUGCACUAAUUUGGCGUCUCGACUCGGAGGACGACAACGUACACAUGGCAUCGAAAGAGGUAGUACUGUACUCCAUUCGGACUCAGUCUACAUCUGUCAGUUAGCUCGACAGGGCGACUACAGCAUUUGAUCGUCUCCAAAGUUUUUCAUUCCUCCCGGU